CGCCCACAUACCUGCACGAACAAGGAAGUCACGUUAUUCGGCUUUAAGAGCAAAUAUUACGAGUUAAACUCUGUGCCGUUGAGUUUCGUAUUUUUCUUUCAUUUCGUUUGCGUCCAUUGGAGUUUUGGGGGAAUUUUGUUGUUCUUGCUGUGGAGAUUUUAAAGCAGAAAGAGUUUCAGGUGGUGAGUCGCGACCGUUUUGUUUGUUAUGUCGACAUGUUUUCACCUGCCAUGUUCCAAACGGCUGCAGUCUGGAUUUAAAGACGUCUGGACCAGCCUGGCACUGAACUCAAGUCCAGUCGCUCCAGGUUCUGCUGGACCAGGGAGGCUCAGUACUUUUAUCUCCGCCGUCUCUCUUCACGCAGCUUCUCAGCUAUUACGAUGAACCCGGUGAUGGAGGAGACUGUGUGGGAACAGUACACCGUAACCCUGCACAGGGAUUCUAAGAUGGGCUUUGGCAUUGCUGUGUCAGGGGGGCGAGACAAUCCGAAUGAGGACACCGGGGAGACAUCCAUCAUGGUGUCUGACGUCCUUCAAGGAGGACCUGGCGAUGGCCUGUUGUUUGAGAAUGACCGAGUGGUGCAGGUGAAUGCCAUCCCCAUGGAUGGAGUCAUUCACUCCUUUGCUGUACAGACCCUCAGAAAGUGUGGAAAAGUCGCAAAAAUUACAGUAAAGAGGCCCAGGAAGGUUCCAGUCAACGUGCUAAACCGCCCCCCAUCACCUGAUGACAGAGUCUUCAACAACGACAAUUACAACUAUGAUCCAGACCGCCAUAGCAUGUACAGCGGUCCAAGUGGAGGUGGGCGGGACCACAGCCUUGAGAGGGAAAGAGGUGGCGGGGGCUACAUGGACUCAGGCUACCAUACACGUGAGCGUGACUACAACAGGGACUAUGACCGACAGGAAAGAGGCAGGACCAUGGAGAGAGAUCUUAGCCCAGACUGGAAUUACAGGAGAGACGGCAGCAAAGGUCGGACACUAGAGAGAGAACGUAGUCCAGAUCGCCGCUAUAGGAGUGAGCAUACUCUUGACCGUGACUAUAGCCCAGAGAGACGGUACAGAGACCAUAGUCCUGGCCGACGCUAUCGCAGCGACCGAACCCUCGACCGAGACUACAGUCCUGACCAGCGCUCCCGUGGUGAUAGAGCUUUCGAGCGUAGCCCUGACCUGCGCUACAGACGUGGCAGCCAGAGCCCAGUACGCAGCCAGGGGCGCAACCGUAGCUUUGAACGUGAUCGAAUCCCAAGUGACCGAGACCCACGGAAGUUUGAUGAGCCCAUGAAAAAGAGCGGGUCCAGGGACCGCCUCGACCGCUCACCAUCACCUGUCAACAUGCCCAUUCCUGUACCCCGCCCUAUCCGGGACCUGGAUCCGCUGGAGAAGCCAGUAAAUGUGGUGCUGCUGAAAAACCGGCCUAACGAAGAAUACGGCCUUCGCUUGGGCAGCCAGCUCUUUAUCAAAGAGAUGACCAGCACAGGACUCGGCAGUAGAGAUGGAAACCUCCAAGAAGGAGACAUUAUUCUGAAGAUCAAUGGCACAGUGACAGAAAACCUGUCUCUGAGCGAUGCAGGGAAACUGAUUGAAAAAUCUCGAGGGAAGCUGCAGCUGGUGGUGCAGAGAGACAGACGUCAGGUGUUGAUCCGCGUUCCCCCGAUGGUGGACAGCGACUCGGAGCUGGACGAUAUCUCUGAGAUUGAGUCGUACCGCUCCUUCUCGCCACAGGAUGACAGGCGCUGUAAUCACUCAGACCUCUCCUCCCACUCCUCCAAUGAGAGGCUCAGAGAGAAUCCAAGAGAGGACCCUCCCAGCAGACUGGCAAAAAUGGGCGCAAUGCCCACACCAUUCAGAGGCGCAGAUCGAGUUGUGGAAGAUAUGCCACCAUUACAGGCAGAGAGGGAGGAGCGCCGACCAGACAGGGAGGAGCGCCGACCAGAAACGCCACCAGUUCCUGUAGUUGCAGCACCUCCAAAGGUUUGUGCUCCUCCUAAAGUGCCACUGAAGCCGAGCUUUGAGGACCUGGAAGUAUAUGGACCAAACACGGUGAUGGUGCGCUUCCAGAAAGGCGACAGCGUCGGUCUGCGGUUGGCAGGAGGCAAUGAUGUUGGCAUUUUCAUUGCUGGCGUUCAGGAGGACAGCGCCGCUGAGCAGGAGGGUCUCGUUGUAGGCGAUCAGAUCAUGAAGGUGAACAAUAUGGAUUUUAGAGGAAUAGUCCGUGAGGAUGCUGUCCUGUACCUCUUGGAGAUUCCUAAAGGGGAGGAUGUCACCAUUCUUGUUCAGAGCAAACCUGAUGUAUACAAAGACAUUUUAGUAUCUGGUAGAGGAGAUUCGUUCUUCAUCAGGACCCAUUUUGAGUAUGAGAAGGAGGCUCCUCAGAGCCUUCCUUUCAUCAGAGGGCAGAUCUUCAAAGUGACAGACACACUUUAUGACGGCAAACUGGGCCACUGGCUGGCGGUUCGUACCGACAAAGAUAACCAGCUGCUGGAGAAAGGAAUCAUCCCCAACAAGAGCAGAGCAGAGCAAAUGGCCAAUGUCCAGAAUGCUGCUCGGGCCGCGUCAGGGAAUGACAGAGGGGACUUCUGGAGGCUGAGGGGUCAAAGGGCAGCGAAGAAGAAGGAUAUCCGCAAGAGCCGUGAAGACUUGAGUGCUGCUCCAGUUGUCACGCGAUUCCCCGCCUACGAGCGAGUUGUCUUACGUGAAGCUGGUUUUAAGAGACCUGUGGUGAUAUUUGGACCCAUUUCUGAUGCCAUCAAUGAAAAACUGGCCAGCGACAUGCCAAAUGAGUUUGUCAUUGCCAAAACUGAGCCCAAGGACGCAGGAAGUGAGAAAUCCUCAGGGGUGGUCAGACUCAACACCAUUCGACACAUCAUUGAGCAGGAUCAACAUGCUCUGUUGGAUGUCACGCCAAAAGCUGUGGACACGUUAAACUACACCCAGUGGUAUCCCAUCGUUAUUUUCCUGAACCCAGACAGCAAGCAAGGGGUCAAGACCAUGAGGAACCGUCUGAUGCCCGGAUCCAGCCGCAGUGCUCGCAAACUGUAUGAGCAGGCAGUCAGGCUGAGGAAGACCUGUGCACACCUUUUCACCGCUACGAUUGACCUGAACUCGGCUAACGACGCAUGGUACGGCAGCGUGAAAGAUUCAAUCCGGGAUCAGCAGGACAGAGCCGUCUGGGUGUCUGAGGGCAAGUUGGACGGUUCGGAGGAAGACCUGGAUCUCCAUGACGACCGCAUGUCGUACCUGUCUGCGAUGAGCGCUGACUACCUGAGCAUGGACAGCAGGUUGGCCAGCGACUACGAUGAUACGGCAGAUGAGGGUGGAGCUUAUACCGACAAUGAACUGGACGAGCCGUUGGAUGAGCCACAAUCCGUGUCAGCCAUCAGUCGAUCUUCAGAGCCCGUGCUGCCAGACGAGAAGUCACACCCUGAACCUCGCACUCGUAUGAAGAAGUCGGGCAGCAGAGAGAUGCUGAACAGAGAGCCCAGCCCUCCUCCUUCAUUUGUCCCUGAACCUCCCAAGUUGCGGAUUCAAGCUAGGACCGACUCGGCGCGGAGCUUUGACUCGCACUCCAGCAGCACCAUCAGCAGUGAUGUGGCAGCGGUGCCCAAACCGGCUCCACCCCCUGUGGCUGUAAAGCCCACUGUGCGCCCGAGUUCUUCGUCGGAGCCUCCUGCCAAGGAGGAGGAAGACCCAGCCAGUCGCUCCUUCAUCGGAAAGAUUAAAGCCUUUGAAAAGAUGGAACACUUGGCCAAAGCUCAGAGGAUUCUGGAGCUGCAGGAGGCAGAGAAAGCUCGACUGGAAAUCGCCCAGAAGCACCCGGACAUCUAUGCCGUCCCCGUGAAACUGCCAAAGCCCAAUAUCAAUCGACCUCAACCAAUAGGUUCAAGUUCCAGUGCUGAGCCCCAGGCUUCCUCCAGGCCUCCACACGGCGAGCCAAGAGGUCACGACGACGACAACGAUGAGGCAGAGUACCGCAAACAGCUGGCUGACCAGACCAAACGGAACUACUACGACCCCCACAAAUACACAGACACAGAGCUGUAGGGCCCAGCACCUCAUGUGACAGUUUGUGAUGUGUCACCAUAGUGAGCUGACGAUGCUUGUUGCCUCAGUAACAGCUCAUCUCUGCAACAAUGUAAAAAAUUGUAUCUGCUAGAUUUGACGCAAACACUCUUAGAAACUUUGUUCUUGCCCUGAACAAAAUGACUGAUUACGUAAAACCUGAUAUUUCAUUUUAUCUCUUCACUCUGCAUUUUUAUUUUUUUGCUCAUCUUACGUAAAUGUCACCCCACAUCCGAGUCAUAGAUUUGAUUGGCAAGUCUGGAAGAAGUCAGUCAGCGCCAACGGUGCUGUUGCUUACAUAUCGUUUGAAACGUUACGGUCGCCGUCUCCUUUUGUCCUAAUCUAAACUUUUACCAAGAGAUGGUGACAACAUGGAGAAGAGCGCCAUCUCCGGCCAUGACAUUAGCUCUGCGUUGCUGGCCUCAGCUCUGACAGAUGAAUCCUGCUGCAGUUGACUUUAAUCACUGAUUAUCUUUGAUUUUAUUAUGCGUGUACAUGUGCGUGUCUCUGUGCAUUGUGGGAAAUCACAUAUUUUAAAGUGCCUUGUAGUUCAGAUUUCUGAAUGUUGAAGUGAACAGGUCAAGGCUCUUAAAUCACGUGCACAUAACCAAAUCUGCAUGUUUUGUGAAGACGUCGUCCGUGUACAUCAACAUGAAAAUGCUUAAAUCUCAUCUUUCAGCUGUCAUAAUGUUUAAAAGUAAUAAAAACAGCUCAUUUUAGCUUUACUGCCUCACAGACCUAAAGUACAAAAUAAAAACCAUCAAAGCUGCUCAGUAAUGGAGCACAAUGACCCCUGUGACUGUUAUCAUUUUUAGUGAUUAUCAGUAACCGGGGUUGUUUUACAUCUGCAAGGAAUUUAUUUUUUUUUUAUUUUGAAAAAGCCAUGUAUUCUGUAAUGGGCAGGAACGAAAGCUGUUCGUUGUUGCAAGAACUGUUUGGACAUAACACAUUUGAUUUUACGCAAAUUCGUUUUACAGUUUAAACACAAACUUAAUUAUAAAUAAUCACCAGCAACCACUGUUGUCUCACUGUGGUCUUACUGUCUUUACUUGGAGUAGCAGUUGCAUUAUUUAGCUUUUGCAUAAAAUAGACCUUGUCUAUUUUGGCCCCACUUAGCUGCCGGUAUAGCUUACUACUUGGUGACCACUUGGCUGUUAUGGCUGUAAAAAGAAACCACUCUGAUUUGAAAAUGAAAACUAUGCUGGCAAGGUGCCCUCUGCUGGACAAACUAUGUAAUGACACCUUUUCCAACAGCCAUAGUAUUUCUGUGUUGCGUAGCCUGUAAAAUAAGUUUUCACACUGGCAAAAAUAAUGCCAAUACUGAUAUUUUGGUGAAAGGCUCAUCUCAGCUGAUAUUAUCUGCCAACUGAAAUGUCACUUGGGCUGCGCACGUAUCAAAGUGCUCUGUUCACAUUCCAAAACGUCUACUGUACAGUUAGUUUUUAAAUGGGGACCAAAACAAACAAAAAAGUUUUGGGUUUGUAAUGACUUCAAGCAGUGGCAUGUAGUUCCAGAUCGGAACUUUAUUAUUAUUAUUAUUGUCAUUGACAUGUAAGUUUCCAAAAAAUAAAACAUAAAGCCAGUUAUCUGAGCUGUAAAGUUUGAUUUGUCUGACACAACCUCGACUCCGGCGCUCAGAUGACAUACGCCGCCACUUUCAGUGAGAGUGUGCAUGUGACGAUAUAAGAUAAAAUGAAAUAAACAGAAAGGUGGUGUUAUUCUUAGUGUGUUUUGUUAUCAUUCAACAAUGUAAUCAGUUUAAAUGUUUGUUACACUUAGAAAAUAUUUUAGGGUUUUGUCUUUUUUUGGAAUUCGUUGUGCAGCUGUUUUUCAAAGCUUUGAUGUCGCACAACUUCAACUUUUAAAAUGUAUCACUGAUGGGAUGAUUGGAUUUACAUUUUAAAUACUUUGAGCUUUUACAACCAGAGACAAUCGUGUUUUUAUGUCGCGUACAUGCCUAGCUCUUUUAUACAUCAGUUUAAUCUUCCUGAGUUAUAGAAUAGACUUUUGGGAAUGUUGCUUCGUCUGGAAUUUGGAUAAAUAAAAAUUUUUAACCUUGA